AUGUCGGAACAGGGAUUUUUGCUGGAUCACAGUGACUGGCCGGCAAGUUCGAUUGAAAUUUUUACAUUGACAAUCUCCAAGGUUACAACUCUGCAGGUGCCUGUGAAAUGAUAUUGAAACUUUUCUUGAAGUUUCAUCUUAAAUCGCGAACUUUGCCAAAUCGGUGCUUGAAAGGGAAUUCAGAAACAAAUGCUGUUUUACAAUUUCUGGCAAUCUGAUAAAUAUGGAGCGAAAUUCAAUAUUGUAUGACCAUAUGAAACCAGGUUGAAGCCAAAGUAUACUCAAGCAUUAGACUGCGAAAUGUGAAGAAAGUUCACUAGCAAUAAACACUGUUUAUUAAAGGUAUACAAAUGGUUAUACUAAGAGCAACAUUCGUAACACAGAUUGAUAGUAUCUUUGUUUUAUGUUGCUAAUUUUAUCCACAAUACAAAAAAAAUUGAAAUCCCGCGAAACUUUUUUUUCCAUUAACAUUUUGCGGUAACAAGAGACAAACCGAUAACCAAUCAACUAGAGAUUUCCAUUUUUCGUGUAAUCUAGUUUUGCUGGUUGAAUUCAAAGUCAAAACUUGCUGAGCGCGCAAUUAGGGUUUUUAAUCAAGAAAUGCAAAUAGAAUUGCUGAAAUAGAAUCUGAAAUAGAGGUGAAAAUCAUAUCGGCUUUUUCCUUUUAAUCAUGCUCGCACACAAAGCCUAAAAAUCCACCUGUAUAAAGAGCUUUAGGAACACAUCUCAUUGAUCAGACGAGCUAAACCACUUGACGGUAAUUCAUGAACUGCAUCCACGGAUUGUUCGACAAAUAAUCUUGUACUUUCCUGUUCUUUAUUACGUUCAUUUACAUAGGAAAUCCUUUCUAUAGGAAAUUGAGUACAAAGUAAAUCCACUUAACUAACAAUGUAUGCAUUUGUCCUUUAACAAACCUCUUUGCGCCUAGUCGUCAGAUUCGAUCGUGUUAAUUAAAAAACUGCGCAAAUUUAUAACCGGAUAAAGUUCUUUUUUUCGAAUCAAUAAUUAAACAUACAUUACUGUCUGAUAACCAACUAGCAAGGGCAUUAUGAACUUUUAAAGUGUUUUGCUACGUGCAAGCGGAAAGUCGCUCGUACAAGUGUGAAUCGUACAACUGCAAUAUUGAAGAGGUAAAAUAUUCACUGUACGCAGAGCUACACGGGACCACUUUCGACUAAUUAUGAAUAAUUCUGACUCACAUCAAAAUAAUUUCACAAGACUCGCCCAAUUGGUGAGAUAACGAGAUAAUUUUAGUCCUGCAGAAGAAAGUGCGCUUGAAAAGGUUGCAGCACUUCACGGCGGCUCUUCCAUAUACAUUCCGCGUUUUAAGAACCGCACUCCUUUAGGGAACCAGUGACAAAAACAACAAUUUAGACCUCCUUGGGCGAUUCUCGCGGAAAAUGCACGGGUUGAUAGACAUGAAUUGGCCGUUUUGAGAACUACCGAUGUCGCGAAAAAUCUGUACAGACUUGAAACUGGCGAAUAACAUAACGAAUUCCUAUUAAUAGAUAACAUUCGGCUAAUUCCAAUUCAUAUAGACUCAGAUGUGAGUUGGAACUUGCGAUAACAACUUUCUCAUUUUUUCCAGACCUGUACAUCUGCCACCUUUCCAUGGCUACGAUCUCACGGAAGGACCAAGCAUGGCUCCAAACAGGCUGGGAACGAAAUCAGGGGCGUUCUAGUCAGAUGAGAAAUUAUCGUAGUCCUGCACCAUCCCAGAAAGGAGCCAGUAAAAAUUCGAUUUUGCAAUGUAACAAAAUGUCAGUUAAAGCCAAACAAGUGGAUGACAAAGCAAGACAAAUACGCCUUAAAUAUGGAAAAAGUAACUUGGAGAGGGAGUUAAAUAAAAAGAAGGGCAUUGACAUGACUCCUUUUGUCACAAAAGUUCAAAUAAGAAAGACUCUUGAGCGAAACAAGGUGACAUCAGCGGGGAGGGCUGGGGCGAGAAUAGGAGUUAUCAUUGAGACACCCCGCAUGUCCGACGAUGAAACGAUUGGGGAAAAUAACAGUGCAUCUAGUUUGGAAACUGUUGGCGGAAACGAGAAAGGAGAACAAGACGCCAUGUUGUCUGAUGAUAUUAUUGUAAUGCAAGAAAAGGUAGAUAAGCAACAGGAUGAUUACGUUCAAAACCUCAUCAAAUGUUUGACUCGAAGAUUAAAGGAUCCUUUCGAGGCAUCCCGAACCCACAUUCCGCCGACUCGACCAAUAGCAGCUUAUGCCCGACCCACGAAGGGAGAAAUUGCUUUAAGCGUAAAGGGUCCUGUAAUUUUGGCACCCGUUUCAAAGGUUGUCAAGACAACGGGGGAAAGAGACAGUUUAGACAGGCCAAGCCGGUUUAACACGAGGUCACUGCCCGAGUUUGCAGGCUCAAGGACUGAGAGAGCCCACACUCGCCCAAUUUCAUCGGUCAGCGAUAGCGUUGUUGUGACGGGAAGGAAACUAAAUAAUUUUAAUCGAGCAUGGCUUGGAUGUGAACAUGCGCAGAACAACUCGUUUAACCCGAAGAAUCCUCUCUGUUCUUCAUGCAGAGCUGCGGGCGGCUCAAACUCGGAUACGAGGGCCACGUAUGAACGCGCCAAGAGUGCACUGCCUCGCGAGGGCAUUCGACAAAUUAAAAACGAUGGACGUCUUCCUCAGCUAGAUAUUCGGCAAACUCCCUCGCAAUCACUCAGAAAAGUCGAUAAGACUCACAGCGCGAGCCCUAAAAGAAACCAACGAGCUCGAAACGGAAUGAUAUCUCCCUUUGAACUUCAAGUACACCUUAAUGAAUUGACUUCUUAUGAUUACGGGUCACCAGUCCCUCCGCCUUCAAUGUCUAACUCGGACGAUGAGGAGGGCACUUCAUGA